CAGAACACAGAUGAACAUAAUAUGUUACUUAUUAAUACUGGUUUCUUAAUCUUUUUAAGCUCCAUAGUAUCCGCUUUGAUAAGUGAGGCCAAUAUAAUUAUUAAGCAAAGGACUAUAUAAAGCUAUAUGAAAUAAUAAUUUGCUUUUACUGCCUGGUACUGCUAUAGAUUUGCACAUAAUAAUCAUUUAAUCCUUGCUGUAACUCUCAGGUGAGUCUUAUUGUUAACUGUGUUUACAGUGAGGAAAUUGAACCAUAGAUAGGUUAUAGCAUUUGCCCAGGUCAUAUACAGAGUGAUAGCGGAAGAGGGGUAAAUCCAGACCAUGAGAUUCUAACCCUUGACCUCUUCACCACUUCCCAGUACUUCCUCUCCCAGAACCAUGCCUUACUUAUCCUAGGUGCUGAUCAUCCAGUAGCUCUCAGAAUCUCUGACGCAAAGGAGGAAUUUUGGUAGUUAAAAGAUUAGAAAGUACUACCUUAAUGUGGCAGGUAGAAUUUUUAUAUAAAAGUAAGACAAGCUAGGGGAUAGUAUUGACUGGAAGUUUUUGAGAACUGUAUCUAGCAUAUAAUAGGAAAUUUCCUCAGAGAACAAUUAUCUAACAUAAAGACAUAGUUACACGGGCUGUGGAUUGUGUUUAGGCAUUAGCAAUGCAACUCAUCUGCAUACCACAACAAUUUAGAAUUCAAAGAUAUUGAUCUCCUCCUUACAAGAAUACUUUUCCAUUGGUGAAGAAACCUCACUUGUUUUUUCCAUUGAUAAUGAAACAUUGUCACUUGACCUGACUGAACCAGAAGGACGUAAAGAUACAGGAUUUAAAUUCCAUUCUUUCUACAUAGUAGAAAUUCCCACACUGAGCAUUUAGAAAUCCUCAUAGAAUUUCUUAUCAACAAGAAGAAACCAAGACCCAAAUAAAUUGUUAAGUAACUUGCCCUAAAUCACACCUGCAGUAAUGGUGCAGGGUGCUCUGCUCUUCAUAGCCCUGCCUUGCUAGCCUGCCAUACAGUUCUCUUCAACUCAGACACUUGAAGGUACAUCAACGAUAUAAUUGAAUUCUUCAGUAUAUGCUUAACAAACACUUGGUCUAUGAAAAUCAUGUGCUUCAAUGCUAAGUGUAUGGAAAUGAGAAUUAAACUCCUGAUCUUAGUCAUAAGAAACAGACAUGUGAACGGAUAAUGUGAUCUGGAUGAGUGUUACUACUGAGUGCCUUUCCUUUUUUAGCCUUGUAUUGUCAUUCUGCUAGAUCAUGAACUCCUUAAAGGACCCGGUUUUUGUGUGCCCCAAGUGCUUUGCAUAAGUGUCACAAAUUUUUUGAAGGAGGGAGUCAUCUAACUUAUUAAAAAAUAGCAGUCAAUACUGAGAAAUAUUUUAAGAGUUAUUUAUAAGUAACAUUACCACAGCUAGUGUCUCCUAAUUGGUGACUCGCAUAGAUAAGUUAUGUGUGUGUGCUGUUUUUUAUGUAUAAAAAAAGCAGUAAAGCAUUUGUUCCUGGGUAUUUUUACAGAGCAGUCGACAAUCAAGUGACUAUGAGUCUGUUAAACUGUGAACGCAGCUGUGGGUCCAGCCAGUCUGAAAGUGACUGCUGUGCCGCCAUGGCCAGCUCCUGCAGCGCUACAGCGAAAGAUGACAGUGUAAGUGGUCCUCCCAGCACAGGGAACCUCUCCAGCUCCUUUAUGGAAGAGAUCCAGGGCUACGAUGUAGAGUUUGAUCCACCAUUGGAAAGCAAAUAUGAAUGCCCCAUUUGCUUGAUGGCAUUACGGGAAGCUGUGCAGACACCAUGCGGCCACAGGUUCUGCAAAGCCUGCAUCAUCAAAUCCAUAAGGGAUGCAGGUCACAAGUGUCCUGUGGACAAUGAGAUCCUGUUGGAAAACCAACUAUUUCCUGACAAUUUUGCAAAACGAGAGAUUCUUUCUCUCAUGGUCAAGUGUCCAAAUAAAGGCUGUCUGCACAAAAUGGAGCUGAGACAUCUUGAGGAUCAUCAAGCUCAUUGCGAGUUUGCUCUUAUGAAUUGUCCCCAAUGCCAGCGUCCCUUGCCAAAAUUCCAAUUUAAUAUUCACGUGUUGGAGGAUUGUCCAAGAAGACAAGUUUCUUGUAUAAACUGUGCUGUAUCCAUGGCAUUUGAAGAUAAAGAGAUUCAUGACCAGAACUGUCCUUUGGCAAAUGUCAUCUGUGAAUACUGUAACACCAUGCUCAUCAGAGAACAGAUGCCUAAUCAUUACGAUCUGGACUGCCCCACAGCCCCAAUCCCAUGCACAUUCAGUACCUUUGGUUGCCAUGAAAAGAUGCAGAGAAAUCACUUGGCACGCCAUCUACAAGAGAAUACGCAGUCUCACAUGAGAAUGUUGGCCCAGGCUGUUCAUAGCAUAAACCUUGCUUUACCCUCAUAUGAUACCUCUUUGCCACGGGCUUAUGACCCAGAUGUUCGGACCUUCAUGGAAACCAUUCAGCAGUUAGAAGGUCGCCUUGUAAGACAGGACCAUCAAAUCCGGGAGCUGACUGCUAAAAUGGAAACUCAGAGUAUGUAUGUCAGUGAGCUCAAACGAACCAUACGAACCCUUGAGGACAAAGUUGCUGAAAUUGAAGCACAGCAGUGCAAUGGGAUUUACAUUUGGAAGAUCUGCAACUUUGGGAUGCACUUAAAAUCUCAAGAAGAAGAGAAACCUGUUGUCAUUCAUAGCCCUGGUUUCUAUACAGGCAAACCUGGGUACAAACUCUGCAUGCGCCUGCAUCUGCAGUUGCCAACUGCUCAACGCUGUGCCAACUAUAUAUCCCUCUUUGUCCACACCAUGCAAGGCGAGUAUGACAGCCACCUCCCCUGGCCCUUCCAAGGUACAAUACGCCUUACAAUUCUUGAUCAGUCUGAAACACCAAUAAGGCAAAACCAUGAAGAGGUAAUGGAUGCCAAACCAGAACUCCUUGCCUUCCAACGACCCACCAUCCCACGGAACCCCAAAGGUUUUGGCUAUGUAACAUUUAUGCAUCUCGAAGCCUUAAGACAGAGAACCUUCAUUAAGGAUGAUACGUUAUUAGUACGCUGUGAAGUUUCCACCCGCUUUGACAUGGGAAGCCUUCGAAAGGAGGGCUUCCAGCCACGAAGUACUGACACAGGGGUGUAAUAUCCCCACAUUUUAUUUUAAAACAACAAACUAUCUGGGAAAACAGUGCCUUUUCUUGUCUGUUGUCAAUAAUGAUACGCAAACAAAAAAGCAAUUGAAAAGAUGUACUUCCACCAAUGAAUGUUCUACGAAAGGACACUUACCACUUCCUGAUACACAUGCAUAAGGAAGUUUUUCUCCCUUGGGGAUCACAUUCCAUGCUUUUUUUUCUACCAUGUUCCAUCUGAAGGCCCUGUGGAGAGCAGUAGCUGUUGUGUCAGAAUACCUCUUUUGUUGUACUUUGAUGGGCUGUUACGCCAAUAUGUGUGAUUGUCAAAAAGUUCAGAAUUGGAGCAGUAUAACUCAGAUCUUCCAUAAUAAUAGACUUUGCUUUAAAACUUCAGCUUAUUUUAUAGUAUUGUGUGUAAUAUAUUAAAUGCAAGAAUCACUACUA